GCGACGUAAGGGUGUGUAGCGUGACUCAGGCACUGACCGCGAUCGAGUCUCACGCUUGCAGUGCGAGGGCUGUCACGAUGGUGGAUGACGUGGUCUUUGGCAGCCACGAAUGGAGCUGUGCGUCGCAGCCACUCGGGACCUAUAGCGAUUCGGCAAGGAUGGAAGCCAGGUGAAAGGAGGGAGGUCUCUCACAGACCUUAGCCGUGCCACCAAGUGUAAGAGGUGUGGAGAUGCCCGACGCCGAGGUGACUUUGCUAAAGUCAAAAGCUGUGAAUCGAGGCAAACGCGUCCAUGCUGAUCGUGCGGAAAGGGGGCUCGGUUAGAAUUGCGUUGGGACCCGCGUCAAAUGGACUUUUGCUUUCGAUCGCUCUAGGCCAGGCGGGUCUAGAGGAAGCAUGCCGUGAGCGUCGUGAUGCGGCCCUGCUGAAUAUUGUCCCGCUUCAGCAUCCAGUCAACACCAUUCGCAACAUUUGCGCAGAAUCCACCUCUUGCGAUUUGUCGACCGAGCACGUCUGCGCAAAAUGCGGAAUAAGCAAUAAAUGCCGUACAGGGCGUCCGGUAGAUGGACAAGUGCAAAUGACCGGAGAUUGUUUGGGCGCGCCAGCGCCAGCGCUUGUAUGUAAUUGUAGCACUUUGACUGUAAAAGUCGAUCAGGACACCUGAGCAACCUGAACGGGUGAUGAUGAGGGCGCAAUC